AGUCAACUACUGUUGCUGCAGGCAGGCUCCGUCCACCGGUAUCCAGUGGAAAAAUCCUCAUCGCCAUAGAUCUCUACAUCCUCGGGCCUCUCCCGUCCACCGCCGCCGCCGCCGCCCUGCACCCAUGGACGUCGUGGGCGCAGCGUCAUGGCUUGUCCAGGUCGUGCUGGAGAAGCUCGUCAGCGAUGGCAUGGACGCCGCCUGGGCCGCGGCGCGCGUGGCCGACCCCAACCCCGACCCCGGAGGCGACAUCCACCGGCUCCGCUCCCGCCUGCAAGGCCUCCACCUCGUCCUCUCCGCAGCCCAGGAGCGCGUGCCCAGGGCGCGCAGCGAGGCCCUGCUCGGCUCCCUGCGCCGCCUCCACGGGCUUGCCAGCGACGCCGACAACCUGCUCGACGAAAUGCUCUACCACCAGAUCCACCGCCAGCUCCAUCCGGAUGAGGGGAGCGAGACUUGCUCCUCGUCGUCAGUCGUCCAGUCAGUGGUCUCCAAGAUUCGUGGUGCUAAAAGGGCACGAAUUGGUGGGGACGAGGAUGCCAGCACCGGUCGAAUUGAUGAGAUCUUGAAGCAAAUGUGUGAAGCUGGAGAUGAUGUUCGUGAGGCGCUCAAGAUGGAGAAGCUGGACCUUGUUUUCACCCGCGGAGGUCAUGAUGCUGGUAUGGAUCGCCGGGGCCCGACAACAGCUUUUGUUACCGAGCCGAAGAUAUUUGGGAGGGAUGCCGUGAAGGAGCGCAUUGUGGAGACGCUGGUGAGUGCUGAGGCUUGUGGUGUCGAUUUGUCAGUCCUUCCGAUUGUUGGCAAUGGUGGUGUUGGGAAAACUACUCUAGCACAACUCGUUUAUAACGACGCAAGAGUGAAAGGUUGCUUCAGCAAGCGGAUAUGGAUCUCGGUGUCUGCUGACUUUGAUGAAGUAAGGCUCACACGUGAGAUGCUGGACUGCGUGUCAACUGGUGUGAGCAAGCAUGAAGGAAUCACAAAUCUGAAUAAAUUGCAAGAGAUUCUUGAUGAGGAUUUGAAGUCGAAGCGCAUGCUGCUUGUUUUGGACGAUAUGUGGGAGGACAGUGAUAAAAGUCGCUGGGACAAGCUAUUAGCACCACUAAGAUGUUCAAUGAAUGGCAAUGUGAUCUUGGUCACAACUAGAAAUCACUCUGUCGUGAAAAUGAUUUCUACUGUGGACCCUAUACAUUUAGAUGGCCUGAAAGAUGAUGACUUUUGGCUUAUGUUCAAGUCAUGUGCAUUUGGUGAUGAGAAAUAUGAAGGACAUCCAGGUUUACAGGUUAUUGGGCAGCGGAUAGCCAACAAGUUGAAGGGUUACCCCUUAGCUGCAAAAAGUGUUGGUGCACUGUUGAAAAGAAACCUUGAUGGUGGGCACUGGAUGUCAGUUUUGCAAAGUGAUGAAUGGAAGCUGCAGCAAGGGCCGGAUGAUAUCAUCCCUGCAUUGAAACUUAGUUUCACACACUUGCCUUUCCAUCUCCAAAGGUGUUUUUCUUAUUGUGCACUAUUUCCUAAAGGUCACAUGUUUGAUGGGAUGGAAUUGGUUCGCAUUUGGAUAUCACAAGGUUUUAUUCCUUCUGGAAGUAAGAGAAUGGAGGAGACUGGUUAUCAUUACUUGAAUGAUUUAGUGGACCGAGGUUUUUUUCAAAGAAGCACAUACUAUUCUAUGCAUGAUCUGAUUCAUGACCUGGCACAUAUAGUUUCUUUAGACGAAUGUCAUAUGUUGGAAAAUUUUGAUUCAAGAAGUGGAACAUGUCACCCAACUAUUCGACACCUAUCUAUCAAUACAAGAUCUGCUUAUAAGUGGAACACAAGUGCCCGUCAUUAUUCUCCCAACGAUAACUUUCAGAGAAAGCUGGCUUACAUUGGUGGAAAAGUGCAGACCAAAACGUUGAGCACAUUAAUGUUAUUUGGGAAGUAUGAUGAAGGGUUUUCUGAAACUUUUUCCAAGGUAUUCAAAGAGGUGCAGCAUCUUCGCGUUUUGAGGCUAUCCGUACUAACUUGCAGCAUAGACACUCUUCUUAGUGACUUUGGCAAAUUGAUCCAUCUUCGCUAUCUUGAACUAAUAUCAAGUGGACCAGGUGGACCCUUGCCAGAGGUUAUAUGUCGACUUUAUCAUCUCCAGGUUCUUGAUGUAGAGUAUUGGGUGGAUCUUUCUGCUUUACCACUUGGCAUGAACAAUCUUUUGAACUUGAGGCAUUUUGUUGCUCGAGGCGAAUUGCAUGCAAAGAUUGCUGGAGUUGGAAGGCUAAAGUUCCUCCAAGAAUUGAAGGAAUUCCGAGUGGGAGAGACUGAAGACUUUCAGAUUGAACAGUUGAAUGGGUUAAAAGAAUUGGGAGGAUCUCUUGCAAUUUACAAUCUGGAGAAUGUGGGUAGUAGGGAGGAGUCUAAGAAUGCUGGAUUAAGGGACAAGAUAUACAUCCAUGAUCUGUUGCUUUCAUGGUGUAAGAAUCGGUUUGGUGUGAGUUCUAUUACAGAGGCAGAGGUGCUUGAGGGUCUUCUUCCAAGUUGUGGGCUCAAGCGCCUUCAUAUAACUAGUUAUGGAGGUAUUUGUUCCCCGACAUGGUUGAGCUCCAAUUUUUCACUCACCAGCUUAGAGUCCAUCUAUCUUGAGAAUUGCACAAAAUGGGAGAUACUUCCGCCACUUGGGCAAUUUCCACUUCUUAAAACACUACAUUUGGUACAGUUGUCUGCUUCAACAGAAGUACCAGUUAUGUCCUGUGACGAUUGGACUGGGUCUGAAAAGCAUGUCAUUUUUCCAUGUCUAGAAGAACUUACAAUAAGAGAUUGCCCUAAACUAAGGUUAUUUGCAUUACCUCAAUGUUCUUCCAGUGACAAAGGCUUUCACUCAUUUUGUUGCCUCCGUCGUGUUAACAUUUACAACUGUCCUCAGCUAGUUGACUUACCCCAGUUUGGUGAGAUGAAAUCUCUAUCCAUAAUGUCUAUUGAGGGAGUAGGAUCAUUUCCUGACAUCAGAUUAUUUGUGCGAGCAUUACAUAUCAAAGGGAGUGCUAGUGUGAGAACCUUGGAUGAGAUAUUAACAUCAAUUUUGACUUACUACAGGCUUAGCGGGCUUGUGAAAUUAACAAUUGCAAGCUUCCUUGAUCUAGCAUAUUUGCCCUGGGAAAAUUUCAGCCGACUUCUCUCCUUGGAGAUGCUGGUAAUUAUGGAUUGUCCAAAGUUUUUCUUGCCUGCUUAUUCGUAUGAUCAAGGAGUCCCAUCUUUGCUCAAGAAGCUUGUAAUCCAAGAAUGUGGUAUAACCGGGAAGCAGUUAUCUGACUUGCUGUUGCAACUGCCCUUCCUUUAUUUCUUGACUAUUGGAAGCUGUCCAAAAAUAGCAUCCUUGGCAGUUGGUGGUCUGAUUACUGGGAAUUUCAGCUCCUCAACAUCUUACAACCACUACUGGACAAUUGAUGGCUUGUUGCAAAUCCCACCUGACCUCUUAAAUCGGCUUGAGUAUUUGUGCAUAGAAGACUUCCCAGAUCUGGUUCUUCUGUGCAAUGAAGGCUUUCUUGGAUUUAUCUCACUCAAAACACUGCACAUAACAGGGUGCCCACAAUUUUUUUCUAUAAUGACAGAAAAAGAAUCCAGUGACAGCUGGUCCCUCCUACCACCAUCGAUACAAGACCUUAUGGUUACUCACAUGGAUAACAGGUUGCUGUCUUUCAUGCUUUCUAAUCUCACCUCAUUGUCCAUCUUGGCAAUAUCACGGAGUCCAGGGCUGACAUCUAUUGUUCUCCAUUCUUGCACAUCUUUAGAAACAAUUAUUAUUGAGAAAUGUGCUAGGUUAUCUGCUCUGGACAGCAUGGGGUCUCUCUGCAGCAUCAAGCACAUGCGGAUAUUUGAAUGUCCCAGUUUAGCUAUACCGUGCGGCCCUUCAUCUCCAGAUGGGCAGAACAAGGAUCUGUACUUUUUACUGCAUCUAGAGAAGCUUGAGAUUGAUAAUGCUUCAUUCUUUAGCACAACAAUUUGCAAGAGCCUCCCCUCUCUCCAACAUGUGGUGUUUUUCAUGGCGAAGAAUGUGAGAUCGUUCACAGAAGAACAAGACAAAGCACUUUGUCACCUUACAUCUCUUCAUAUUCUUGAUUUUUGCUAUUGCUCUGAUCUCAUAUCGCUGCCUAAGGAACUGCAUCGUCUUUCUUCCGUCAAGAAACUAUCUAUCAAGGCUUGUCCAGGAAUUCUAUCAUUACCAGAAAUGGGCCUGCCGGCUUCCCUGCAGGAGCUGUAUGUGAGCAACUGCAGUACAGAACUAAAGGAACAGUGCAGAAAGAUAAAAAACGUUAGAUGCGUUUAUGUUGAUAGACAUGCAAGCAAGUUCAUAACUAUAUGCAAGAUGUUACGGCUGUAUUUUAGGAACCAGAAAAAGUGAGGAUCCAUUCUGAUGGAAAUUGCAAAAUAAAUCCUUGUGCUGAUUGAUAGUCUAUUUCAUGGCAAGAAGUGGCAGAAACAGCUCUUUGAUGAAGUCCCAAAGUGCAGAUGGUUUCAAGAAUACAUUGUCUAGAUUCUGUCGUUAAAAGAAAAGUCUCCUGUGACUGUUGUACUUGUAUACAUGAUGGAGCUUGAGAUGAAGCAAGCAGCUACAAGAGCAGCAGACCACUAUCUUGAUUACGCACUUCCCCCUUCUCUUGUGCCGGUUUGCCAGUUAUUUGUUGAUAACUACAGACUCUGGAAACUGAUGAGAUGUUGAUUCAGUAAUCGGUUCAUCAGUAAGGUUCAACCUAGUCGUAUGGAUGUUUCUUAUGUUCAAGAUGGCGCCAUGCAAGUUGUUCAAAUGCAAGAUGCUGAGAAGGGUAGUAUAAGAAUUGGAGAUGAAGAAAAGCAAGCUGCAAUUAAUUACUAGAUGGUAUGAUACAUGGUGCGCAAAAGAAAGCUAGCAUGAGAUGUUUCUCCAUGUGUUGAUCUGCCGGAGGGAAAUACUCAUGGGAGGCAUGCAUCAGGUUGUUACCAGAUUCAGUUCUGGUGAUAAUUGAGAUUUUUGGUUGGUUUGCUUGCAGGUCACCGGAUCAUUUCUUUACAGCUAAACAGAAUGUUAAUCAGCUCCGAUCUAUGAUGGCCAACUCACCAGAGGAGAUGUGUUGGAGAUAUCCAGAGCUAAGCAUGCAGAGUGUCAGUUCCACUGAAACAGAAUGUAAGGCAAGUAAUCUUAGAGUUACUGGUAAGUCGGGCACAUUCAAAUAGCGGAGAAAGCAUCCUUGUGUCUGUGCAUUCUGGUAUUUCGGGAUGGCAAUACUUUCAUGCUACAGCUCGUCCGUAAUCUAUUUCGCAUGUUGUUCUGAUGCUCUUCAAGCUGCUACCACCUACUAGAGGAAGUUCUGGCAUGGCGUGGGGCUGGAAUCAGAGAGAAGUGUUUGUAUGUAGCUGUCCGGUUUGGUUGAGCCGUAGGUAGACACCAACACAUGUAGGAUCGUGUGAGUAGCCAGGCAACAGAUUUGGUCGAGUCAUGGGUUAUUGAAGUUAUUCCAGGAUUGGUGGUGCGAGGCGUGUGUUUAGCCGAGUCUAACAGCCUAUUCAUGUGAUCAAGUUUGCUAUAUAAGAGAAGUAGUGAGAAGAGGAGGACGCUGCGAGGGCAGGAAAAACAAUGUACUAGUCUCUAGUGCCACCAAGGAGAAAUACCUCUGGCCAAAGCAAAUCUCUGAGUGUCUCUCUCUUGGUGCGUAUGUGUUGUGUGAAGCAACGUGUGAGAGUGAAGGGAGGAGCUGUGAGAAUUGAGAUGCAGCUCCAACAGUUGGUUAAAAAGAGGUGUGUGAGAUAGUGGAGGAAAACAAAUAACGGGAAAUUGGCAGUUGGCUUUUGUGCAGUAGUAAGACUAAACUUCAAGCGAACGAUCGACUUCUAAAUCCUUGGUCCAGUCUCAUCAUCUCUUUCUUCGUGGUUCGAAAUCUGCAUCCUGAAGUUACUAAUGGCUUAAUUGUAAAGACAGUCCAGGCGUACCCACAUGGUGUUGUACAAUCGGCUACUGACCUAUCCUUCUGCCUCCAUUUGUCUACAUCAUUGUGGCAUUAAGUCAUUGGAAAAUACCCCAGCUGUUCGUCUGCGUCAUUAUGGCAUUUAAGUAGUACUGCCACAUAAACAGAAUAGGCAAAAUCA